AUGCAGCCGCCCCACCCCGCGCCGCCUCCUACCUCGCCCACCCCGCGGGCCGCCGCCGCAGCCCCACCCCGCACCCCCACCUCCCGACCCCGGCUAACCCCCGCCGCCGCCCAGCGGCCAUGCGCGCCGCGCCGCCGCCCAGCGGCCAUGCGCGCCGCGCCGCCGCCCCAAACCUCUGCCGCCCACAGGCCUCGCGUGCGGCCGCCGGUGGUGGAUCCUCCGCGCCGCCGCCAGACCCUGAUCUCGCCCGCCGCCUCCUACGGCGCGAGGCUAUCCCGUCCACCUCCGGCGCGCAACCGCCUGGCUCUGGAUCCCGCCCGCCGCCUCCUCCGGCGCGCGGCCGCCGCUCCCCUCCUCCGCGUGACUCCACCCCCACCUCCUUCUAGUGCCCCCGCCUCCUCCGGCGUGACGCCACCCCCGCAUCCUCCGGCGCGCCGCUGCACAACCCCUCCCGAUGGGUCACCGCCGCAGCAGCAGUCAGGGCGUUCCGGUCGCUGCGGGCGCCGCCCCUGCCAUCCCACCUCCUCCAGGGCGUUGCGGCCGUUGCCGUUCCAUUCCUUUGCACUGAGCACGCACCCUGUAGCCUCUGCCAUGGCCGAUCCAGCCAGUGCACGCACGUCAACUGCCAUCGAUGCUGGGAAGUCGUUGUUCUGGAUCCCUCUAUUUUUUGGCUUUGGUUGCAUCUAUUGA